UGUGUGACAGCUCCAGAGGGUCGACCCUACGCCGGUCGCUGAGUGUAGUUGGCUUGUGGUGGAGGAUCACGCACCUCUGUAUUUUGCAAUAAAAGUGUAAAAUGUAUUACAAAUUUAGUGGAUUCACACAAAGGCUAACGGGAGCGGCACCGGCAACAGCCUACAGCCCCCAGGGGCUGAGACCAGCUGUACCAGCAGAACCCCCGCCCAUGAUCUUCGCCACCCCAACCAGAAUUGUGUCCGAGUCGGGAGAAGCUGGCCAGUUCCUCGGUGCCAACAGAGUUCCUGAUCUCCAGAAGUUAUUUCAGAGGUCUGACGGGGUGCCGGUACACCUGAAGAGGGGAAUGCCUGACAAGCUGCUGUACCGCACCACCAUGGCUCUCACGAUAGGAGGAACCCUGUACUGCCUCAUUGCUCUCUACAUGGCCUCCCAGCCCAGGAAGAAGUGAAUGCUGUCUUCCUGACCGUCCUCUCAUCCGGUGUUAAUAAAACCCCUAAUGACAAUGACACUGUACAGGAAUCCCAAUCAACGACAACCUCGUUUCCAUGAUUAGCCUGUUAAUAUUGUAUAUAACCCCACUUCUUUAGAGCCAGUUGUUUUUCUGCCAUUUAUUUUUCCCUUCUGACAGCUUUUGUUUUCAGUUCCAGAGGGCAUCCUUUAAAAACCCAGGUGAAUGGCAGAACAAUUCUGAUUGCCUUGAUUAGUGUUAUUAUGGUGUUAUGGUUGCCUGCGUGGAGCUGUGAAAAGGCACUAAUGGCAAGUCCUUUCCUCUUAGUCAGGCAUCACUGAAAGGGAUCUUGAUGUUGGUGGGUUUGUUAAGGCAGGUACCAUUGUUUGUGUUUAAAAGCAAAUGUCUAGGGAAAAUGCCCAUUCACAUUAUGGUUUUGAACAGCCUCUUAACCCCAAGAAGCCAUUACAUUUAAAUAUUAUAGCAGGGUCAAGUACAAUGUUAACUACCACAAUUAUAAAAGAUAAGUUUUUGUUUUCCUUACCCUCUCAGCCUUUCAGACUACUUCACAUUGAAAUGAGCUGUUUAUAAUGUGAACACUUGAACCUGAAAUUAACAGAACCCAAGGAGAAAUCGAUGUGGCAGUCACCAUGGUAUGCAGGGAUCAAUUCACAUUACAGUCCGUGUUCUUAUGCAAGCAGUGUGUUGUUGUGUCUAGCAAUGGAUGGUUCACCUUUUGCAUUUUGCAGAUGUUCUGAUGUAUUUUGGAUUGAUAAAUGGUUUGGGACUACAAAAUGUUAUAUUCAGCAUGUUAACUAAUGGCUGCAAGAAGAAAUCACUCGACUUGAGAGAUAGAAAAUUAAAAGAUUUAUUGUCAAAAGGGUUUAGGUUUUCUUUAAAAAGCCAAAGGCAAUCAUAAACAGCGAUAUGGCUUAGCAGCCAAAAAUUGAAUUCUUCAUGUUAAAGUGUAUGUAAUAUUACAUUGUUGCCACUGAUUCUUACAAUAAUUAAUUCCACUUAUUGUACAAUAAUGAGUGAGCUGCUGUAGAAUAAAGGUGUCCGGAUCUGUGUUAUACUGUGACUAUAUCGUAGGAUGCUUCUCUUGCAUCCAUGUCUUUUUGGGGAGAGUAAAUUUAUUUUUAAAGGCACAUUUGUACAAUAGUUUAUUUUACUCUUUGGUUUAAAAUAUUGCAAUAAAAAUACAUGUAGUGAAUGAGUUCCUAAUGCUUAAUUUGCUGUAGUUUAUUAUGUAUACAGUGUUCUGUAUUUGCAUAAUUUACUACAACAUCCCUUCCUUUAAUCAAUUAACAGGUAUUAGAUCUUCACUAGAUCACUUGACGAAAAUGGUUAUUACCCACAAGAUGUAAGAUGUUCACCAUUGCUGAGUAUUUUUUUAGAUAUUGUAAUAGUCAUUAUUAAACACCAUAGAUAUCUCCAUUCUUUCAUCUCAUUCAUCAGCUGGCGAAAAUAAAUGUAUGACUGUGCAUGCAGAUGAGUUGCCACACUGUAUGACUGCAACAGGUUAAAUUAAACAGGCUCUGGGAUUAGUGAUCAGUGUUGCCUGUAAACUGUGUUUGAGGGAUUGAUGAGGUACAACACUGCUGUUGAGAAGUUAAAUGAAAAGCAGCUCGGCUUGAUUUUUUUAGAAAUUUUGUGUUUUGAAAAGGGAAACCAAAUUGAUCAAAGUUUAAAGAAACACCACAUGCUAAAAGAUAAAUGCAGAAAAGGUGGAACAUUGCAAGCAGUAAAGUCCAUGAUAAACCAUUCCAUGUUUUGUAAAACAGGUUAGGCAUUGGUGUGGUGUAUCAAUAGUUACAGGAAUACACCUUUGAACCAGAAGUUAUCAUUUAUCUGACUGCAACCUGAACAUUUGUGUUUGGUUGAUGUUAUUAUAUUAUUUGUGUUUUAAACAUUUUGCCAUAUUUGUGUGCAAAUAACAAGAAAAUCUUGAUGAAAUAAAAUCCAAAAAUAGGUUUGUA